AUGCGAAUCACGACGACUCGCGGCGCUGUCGCGAAGAGGAAGAUCGGUAGUUCCACGAAGCGAUCGGCAAGAGAAAAAAAGGGCACAACGAGAGAGAGGGGCGACCCGAUCGAACCCGCGAGUUCGCCGUACCGUUCUUGUUCGAGCGAAUCGACGAUCGCGGCAAAGGGGAACACCCUGUACAUGCCGACGACAUUCCCGAAGUGCAGCGUGCAGUUUUUCGCGGCUACCAGCGCAGCGGAUCUGUCUGUGACGAGCGAGCGAGUGACUCAGAGGCUUCGACGAGAGUCUGGCCACAGGUUGGACAGCGGCUCCCCCUUCUGGAGGAUUCAACUUGACCAGGACCUUCUGGAUACCAUCAGCGCGAUUUAUCCAGAGUGGUUUAAGGAUUACACUAACAAUCGAGCGGCAUCGACGUCGUCCUCCACGUCCUCGAGCGCUUCCGGUGCGCAAUCCUGCAACGACAGCACCGCCGUGGUCGUCACUGAACGCGGCGGUGAGCACAAGGUCGCCAAAAGCGACUCCAAAUCGAAGUCCAAGACGAAAAAAGCGGACAGCCAUAAGGAUAAGGACCGGGACAGGAAGGAUCCUAGGCGCGACGCCAAGGACGAGAGGGACGCUGGAAACGGUAAGAAAGGGACGAAGCUCUCGCCGCAGCAGGAUAAGGCAGCGGCGGACGCGGCAGGAAGGAAGGCCGCGGGUUCCGUUCCAGGAUCGGAAUCGGAGAUGGCCGAGGGCAAUCAGUCGCCGCCGAAGGCGGAGGUCGACGAUUCACCUCUCCAGCACGCCAUGGAUCGCAACAAGGAAUCGUUGAAGGUGAAGCUCAUGCUGAGGCGACCCAUCAAUCAGCUAGUUGCGCAAGGCAUCAUGCCACCGUUGAAGACACCACCGGCGUUUCACGAGCAACGGAAGCAGUUGGAGCGGGCGAAGACGGGUGACCUGCUGAAGGCGAAGAUCCAGCAGAGACCCGGGAGGGACGAGCUGGUCCGACAGCACAUCCUCGAAGAUGUAGGUCAUGUAGAUCCGAGUCUGGCCGAACGGCAGCGAAUGCUGAAGAAGGCCAGGCUAGCCGAUCAGCUCAACGAUCAGCUCAGUCAUCGACCUGGACCGCUCGAGCUCAUCCAGAAGAACAUCCUUCAUACUGAAGAGCCCAUCGAGAGAGCGGUCAAAGAGGGUCACAUUCCCUUCAAGGCCACCUGUGAGGGGCAGGUGACGAAACCUCAGCACCCAGACCACUAUAUAACUUUUGAGGAUGACUCCCAGAGCUCGGAGGGCGCGUCGUCUCCACAGCUGGAAUCGCGAUCAUCGGAUGUUCUGGAAACGGCGGCGGCUUCCGCGGGCAUCGUCACGGUCUCCCUGAGCAUACCGACGACCGGCGGUGCCGUCGUAGUCUCGUCAACGUCUCCCGUUUUCCAACAGACAUCUUCGGAAUCGACGAUACAGACAUUUGCUGAACUCUGCAACACCGUCGUAGGCACGCAGCAACAACAGCAACAGCAGAGUCAGCAACAAGUUCAACAGGGUCAGCAACACACAUCUAUCCAGGCGCUAAUGGCUCAUCCAGAGAGUGGCCCACAAACGAUCAUCCCAGCAUUGGCGCCGGCGCCGAGCCCAAUGUCCCUGGGCUCGACGACGUCUAGCCUGAGCCCUCUGUCCAACAUCUCGAUAGCGUCGCCCCCGGCGCCGCCGCCAGCGGCGAUCACCCCACGACCCCAACCGAGCCCGAUAGCCGCCGCCGCAGCCACCACGUGCCAAAGGAGCGACGCCCCCGGGAAGGACAAGAACAGAAAGAAGUCGAAGACCAAGAGCCAGCCCAAGACCCGCACGAUCAAGUUCCACGAGUAUAAAGGACCGCCAAACGCGCAGAAAACGCCAGCGUCGUCCAAUACUUCCGGUCUUGGUGCCGCGCAGCCCGGUGAGACCAGUUACGAACUGCUCCUGCAGCAACAGCAGCUAUUUCUUCAAUGGCAGCUCGAAUGGCAGCACAAGUAUCCACAGAUCAUUCUGCCGGCUGCACAGAAACCAAUAUCGCUCACAAGUAGCGGUGCGAGCGAUGCAGGUAGCGUGAGUGGGACUAGCGUGAAUGUCGCCAGCCCGGCUCCAUCGAACUCCUCGAACAAUCUUUCGGAGCAGCCGCCACUGAGGCCUUUGGGCAAAUUAGAAGAAAUGAAAGUAAGUGAUCUCAAGGUGGAAUUGAAACGACGCAACUUACCGGUAUCGGGUUCAAAACCUCAGUUGAUUGAACGACUGAAGCCCUUCACAGAAUCGUCCAGCAACAAUUUAACUUCCAACUCCAAUGGACCGCACGUGACGCACAUGGGUCACAUUCUGAUGGACACACCUGGCCCGAUGUCUACGGAUGAUUCUAGCUCUCAGGCCAAGAGCCCGAUUGCUAUCGUAAAGGAUGAACCAAACAGCCCGCGAACAGCCUCGCCUCAUAGUAGCGAACACGACGAUCCGUCGAGUCCACCAGGAGAUGACAUCAUUAAAGUGCAGAGGAAACGGAUAGAGGAAUUACAACGUGAGCUGUACAAAUCACAACAACAGCUACAGCAGAUCCGUCAAACGCAGCCAGCUACAGUGCGUGCCGAGAAGUUGGCGCUUCAACAACAUAUACACAAUAAAAUGCAGCAGCAACAGCUAGCUUUGCAUUUACAACAACUUCAACAUUUGCAGCAGCAGCAGCAACAGCAGCAGCAGCAACACAAUCAGCAACAGGCGCAACAGCAACAAGCUGCGAUUCAACAACUCAACGCAAAAGCAAGUCUUGCGGCCUUCCUGCAAGCACAACCAAAUAACGCGACUGCCAUUCUCGAUUCCGCGACUCUGACCGCGAUUAAUAACAAGAAAAAUCAAUCUAAAAACAGCACUACUGUUCAAAUACCUACAGCUAUCGUUCUAAAUCUGGCGAAACCAACCAAGCUGAACGGUUCGUUACUUGGUGCUCUUGUAGCACAGGCGCAAGUUCAACAGCAACAGCAGCAGCAACAGCAAACAACUAUCACUACUACUGAAGAUAGCAAACCGCCGCCACCGCAAUAUGAUGAAGCUGCUAAAUUGCUCAAAGUCAAAAUUGAGCCGGUUCAGAAAAGUCACAUAAAGAGUCAAGUAGUUGACGACGUACUAGAAAUUCUCAUUAAGAAUGGUGAAUUACCACCAAGCGCCGCACAAGAUCCAGCUACACCCACUACUCCGAAUCGCCAGCUGCAACAGAAUUUAGUCUUCACUACGCCGGCGGACAAUUCAACUCAGUCGUUAGUUUUCACGGCCGCCAGUCCGAUAAGUCCUAUCAGUCCAAUACCGAUGGAAGUGUCUCAGAGCGGUUGCCCGAGCCCAUCAACACCAAUUCCGCCGCCACCCCCACCGUUACCGCUGACCGCGUUUUCCAUUCCGUUACCUACCGCAAUCCAACAGCUACAACAAGGAGAAGAAAUCACAUCCUUCAGCACGGAUCUUCUAACCUCCGAGGCUGAACUAGAUGCUGCGAUGUUGCUUAGUCCUCAAUCGGUGCAGCAAGCUUCUCCAGAUCCUCAACCGCCACAGGAAGUGACUUCAUCGGACAAUGCAAAUUUGGACCUUAAAGAAUUAGGAUUGGAUUUAGAAACAUUGGAUCCAAUGGAUUUUGGUCAAUUAGACUGCGAUAUGCCGAUGGAUAUGGAUGAUCCUGAUUGGUUGGAUUCCCUGAUGCCACAAUCGCCUCCACCUUCUGCGACAUUGUCGUCGUCUAACUAUCAAUCUACCACUCCAUCAAUCAGUUUCUCAUCUACCACGGAUAUCUAUGAUCCUUUAUUAGGUAGCAGUCAGUACUCGUUUGAUCUCUUUAAUAUGGAGGACUCUGAUUUCAAGAUGUCAUCCGAUCUUUCUCCGAUGACUUGGGAUAAGGUGGAUUUCGCGACCUAGCCCGAGAUACUCCCUUGCAAUUCGGCGUUAUGUACUUAAUCCUCGACAGGUAAUCAAAAGUAUAAUUUGAGACGGACAAAAAAAACACGGACAGUAAGAUCAUUGCAUUAUUCAUUUAGUCGAAUCUGUCCGAUGCAUUUUAUAUAAGUUGUUUCGCGACAUCCUCUCUGAUGCAUCUUUUAAUCGAGUCCAUAUUAAAUUUGUACUUAUAUUUGCGCAGCGAAAGGAAGAAAUAUUAAAUCCGAAAGUAUCUGUUAAAAAAAUUAUGUGCACGCUCAUUAUUGUAAUUAACAAUUAGAGAUUGUCAAAUUAUAGUUCAGUUUGAUAUACGUGUCAUCAUGUGUCUUUUGUUUGCAAAUGCAUGUUAUUCUUUUAGUCGACGAUCAAUUGUUCCAUCAGAAAAAUAAUAUCCGACAAAAUAUAUAAUGUACGUAUUUUCCUUCGUACAUCACUGCAAAUUAAAAUCAUAAAUUACGAUGUGCGUGCAUGAGGAUGCGGUGGACUGUUCACAUGUACAGAGUAUUUCAGAUUCUUUUGUGACAAUUAUUAACAGUAAAUUAAUUAAAGUGGUCAAUUUUAAACAUUUUGCAUCUAAAAA